CAUGGAAACCGAGCGCACGCGGAGCGCCGCCCUCCUUCCCUGCUUCCCGCCGGGCCGCCGCCGCAGUCGCCACCAUGAUGCUCCUGGGCCGCGGGCUGGACGCCAGGGACAAUCAGACUAGACAAAUACAAGAUGCUGUUUCAAAUGUGGAAAAACAUUUUGGUGAAUUGUGCCAAAUAUUUGCUGGAUAUGUACGUAAAACUGCCAGACUACGAGACAAAGCAGAUCUUCUAGUAAAUGAAAUAUAUGCAUAUGCAGCUACAGAGACACCAAACUUAAAAGUUGGACUGAAAAACUUUGCAGAUGAAUUUUCCAGACUUCAGGAUUAUCGCCAGGCAGAGGUUGACAGGCUGGAAGCAAAGGUUGUUGAACCUCUGAAAUGUUAUGGGACCAUAGUGAAACUUAAAAGGGAUGAUCUUAAAGCAACUUUAACAGCAAAGCACCGAGAAGCCAAGCAAUUAUCUCAACUGGAAAAGACCCGUCAGCGGAAUCCAUCAGAUCUACACAUUAUCUCACAGGCUGAAAAUGAACUGCACAGAGCAACACUGGAGACUACUCGAACAACUCGGCACUUAGAGGAAACCAUUGAUAAUUUUGAGAAAAAGAAAAUAAAGGACAUCAAAAACAUAUUUUCUGAAUUUAUAACUAUUGAAAUGUUGUUCCAUGGGAAAGCUUUAGAGAUAUAUACUGCUGCCUACCAAAACAUCCAAAAUAUUGAUGAAAAUGAAGAUUUGGAGGUUUUUCGGAGCUCACUUUAUCCACCAGACUAUCAGUCUCGCUUAGACAUAGUUCGUGCAAAUUCCAAGUCCCCCCUGCAAAGAACUGGCUCCUCAAAAUCUUCAUUGAGAACAGUACAGCAGAUUUCCCGCAGAAUGCUAAGAAAAGAUGAAGAAGAGGAGGACGAAGAAGAUGAAGAUGAGGUAGAAGAAGAUGAGGAGGAUGAAUCUGGUGCUACUAAGGAAGUGAGAUAACAAAGCUGUUCAAGAGGGGGGUUCUUUUACGGGGGG